UUUUUCUUUUCUAAUGAGGGGGUGUCGAGUUGAUCGAUUUGCCCAUUGGAGGUGUGGCUGUUGAUAAGCAGAUUGACUGGAAGCCAUGCAGCCACUAUAAAUUGGAGUGAUACUCGCCUCACCAUGUACAAGCGUUACGGACUGGGUUGUGUGAAAAAUGGCAUCGGGCUACUUCAGACUUACCACAGCAGUUUUGCUGACAGCAACGUGUCUGCUCCUCAUAGCAGUUGUUGAUUCUGCAGACAAAAUUACCACAUGCGACUACGGUGAUUUGCAAGUCCAUCGCCUAUACUGUGAUCAUGGAGUAAUCAAAGUGCAGCAAGCUUUGUAUGGUCGCUCAAGCUCACUGGUCUGCGCUGAUGACAAACCUCAAAAGCAUCUGGCUAACACUCACUGCACUCAGCCAAACACUGCUAACAGCAUCAAGAAAAGUUGCAAUGGCAAGAAAUUGUGUGAAUUGAGUUUGGAGGAUUUCCGCGAACCUGACCCCUGUGCUGACACCUUCAAGUAUUUGCAGACCAACUUUACAUGCUUGCCAGCAAUUACUGUGGUGACAUGUGAGGGAUCAGUGGCACACCUGCAUUGUGAUUUAGGACAAGUGAUUUACGUCUAUGGCGCAGACUACGGACGCCGUGACCGGACCACAUGUUCAUACAGAAGGGCAGCUUAUGAGCUAGAAAAUGUUGACUGCAAGCACCCAACUGAACUUGUUGCCAAAAUGUGCAAUGGAAAAUAUGGCUGUGCAAUCACCGCCAGCAACACUGUUUUUGGAGACCCAUGCAUAACCAUUUACAAGUACUUGGAGAUUUCGUACACAUGUCAAUGUAAGUAUUUGGUAGCCUAUUUAGUACCUCAAGGUGUUCUUCCUGUUGUCAAUUAAUACUUUAAUUUUAGUCGUUUAAGAUUGCUAAACCGCAGUCUUUUCAUUGUCUAACUAGUUGACUAUCAUUUUAGAAUGUGUAAACAUUUACUGUUUUUUUUUUCCUUAGAGCAUGAACACUCAAAUGUUCACAUGCCUUAGCUUGACUUGCUUUUUUUAUUUUUUCUGCAGAUCCUGUGACUCCUCCCCUUUAGCUGGAGUGCUGCCAUUUGUGUUGGCGUCAGUUGUAAAACGGUGUCUCAUUGCAAUUUGUUGCUGACUGAACAACUUUGUAUACUUGUAUUUGAAAGAAAAUAAAACUGUUUUCUCAAAGAUCUAGAUUGUAGGUUUGGGUGAUUUGUU